AACAGUCGACGAGGGUCACAACUCUUCGGGCAUUGAGAACAGUAACACCUGUACACAUCAUUAGAAUAGGUCUAGACAGAAGUAGCCUGACAAUCCGUCGAAACUCGUAGUCUUUUCCAGAGCAUCCGUUUUGUUUAUUCAGGUUUCUUGUCGAUAUAUACUUAGUAGAGACUUUUGGUGUAUGUCUAGUUUUAAAAACAUUGUCUAACAUAUAUCCAAUAAUGUUACACAGAAACGUGAAUAUAAGUUAAGUUUUAGUAAGCAGAUCGAGUUUUUUUUUCUUGUUCAGACUGGGAUCAUCUUGGUCUGCAGGUGCGGUGAAACAGCCAUUUGCGGACCUCAGAGCAGUACAAAGCUUAGCCUACUGAGGAAGUAGGUUCUGUGGGGGAAAAAAAAAACCACUCACCAUGUCUGCAUGGAAUGGGUCAAAUGCUCACUUUGACCGGGUCAGAGAUGUACCACAUUAUGACCAGGUGCCCAUCGGGUCACUUGCAAGGGACACAGAGCUAGCACUGAGUGCAGACCCCCUCCCACCCCCACCCCUUCCUGCGUACCCUCCAGUUGGAUCUGAGUUCUACCCAAGCGACACAGAGGACAACCACGACGAUGCCAUGGACAUCAAACCUGUCCGUCGCUUCCUCCCCGACUCUGUGAAGAACUUUUUCCGGGGCAGUAAGCGUUGGUCGUCCCGUUCAGCCGCACCAGACAACAACACCACCUCUGGUGGCGUGCCAUGCUCUCCUCCAAACUCCUGCCCCCCUUCUCCAGUUCCCCCCGGCUCAUACCUUGAUCCCUACGGGGGGUCCGGAGGUAGCUACACUUCCCAAAAAGAGCGUGAAGCCAUGUUGUUGGGGGAGCCGGUGGAGUCGGUGUCUGGGGUGUCUGGGCGCUCGGCCAUGACCUACAGCGAGCGCGUGGAGGAGUACCACCAGCGCUACUCCUACAUGAAGUCCUGGGCUGGGCUGCUGCGCAUACUGGCCUGUGUGGAGCUGCUGCUUGGAGCGGCCGUCUUCGCCUGCGUCUGUGCCUACAUACACAAGGACAACGAGUGGUUCAACAUGUUCGGGUACUCCCAGCCCGGAAUGGGGAUCGGGGGUAUGGGUGGUGCCAUGUAUGGGGGUGGGAGCCAGUACACGGGGCCCAAGACUCCCUUUGUCCUUGUGAUCGCUGGCUUGGCCUGGGUGGCGACCAUCAUACUGCUGGUACUGGGCAUGACCAUGUACUACCGCACCAUCCUGCUGGACUCCAGCUGGUGGCCAAUCACGGAGUGUAUCCUCAAUUUUGCGUUGAGCAUGCUGUACAUGUCUGGUGGCGUCGUCUAUGUGAAUGACACUAACCGGGGGGGCCUCUGCUUCUACCAUGUGUUCAACAAUGGCCCCAAUGCAGCCUUUUGCCGCACUGAAGCAGGCCAAACAGCAGCCAUUAUUUUCCUCUUUGUUAACAUGUUGGUGUAUCUGGUGGGUUCUGGUGUUUGCCUGAAGUUAUGGAGGCACGAGGCGGCCCGAAUGCGCCGUGAGGCCUUAGCACAAGAGAUGAAGACGACCGCAUCAGUGCCAUUUGGAUUGACCGGCCCAGGCUCCAGUGUUUCUGAACCAGUGAGGCAAGCUAUGCUGUCAGUUCAGCCUGAUGGCCGAUCACUGUCUCCCGGACCCACACUAGAGCCGGAGAUCAUCCGGGGUCACAUUCCAGCCGGACACAUUCCCAAACCUGUGAUAAUUCCAGAUUAUGUGGCGAAAUACCCCUCUAUUUACUCGGAUGAGGAGCGUGACAACUAUAAGGCGGUGUUCAAUGACCAGUACGCAGAGUACAGGGAGCUACACGCUGAGGUUGAGGUCCUGAUCAAGAAGUUUGAUGAGAUGGACAACAUGAUGCAGAACAUCCGUCCUACCAGCCAAAUGGAGAAGGAGCGUGUCGAUGCCGUUAUUCAAGAGUAUCAGAGGAAAAAAAUGGAUCCCACUUUCUUGGAGAAAAAAGAGAGGUGUGAAUAUCUCAAGAGCAAGCUGGCUCACAUCAAGCAGAAAAUAUAUGAAUAUGAACAUAUACAUUCAGAGUCGUGGACACCUCAACAGGCACAGGCAAUGAGGCCUCAGGCGGGGGCAGGGGUGAUGGUGAUCACCGGCUUAGGUCGUUGUCACCGGGAUGCAGAGCUGGAGAGACUGGGAGGCUGGGAGGUGGUGGUAGGACAUGGCCACCGGAACCGAUCGCAGCACACCUUCUCUUACGAAGAGAAGCUCCUGCACUUUUACCGCUGGACUUCCCCACCUGGUGUGAUGAAGAUCAUCUCCAUCAUCAUCAUCAUUAUGUGUGUGGCUGUGUUUGCCUGUGUGGCCUCCACACUGGUCUGGGACUAUGACAUGUCUGCCAUGGGCAUGGGAGGCCUUGGAACAGGGUUGGGAGGUGGUGGGAUGUACGGCGGGGGGGGGGGCUAUGGAGGAAGCUAUGGUGGGGGAGGCACUUAUGGUGGGGGUUCUUUUGGUGGGGGAUCAGGCACAGGAGGCUAUGGCUAUGGUGGGAGUGGGUACAUGGAUCCCAAAUCAGGCAAGGGCUUCAUCAUUGCGAUAGCAGCCAUCACCUUCAUCGCUGUGCUCAUCAUCCUCAUCCUGGUGGUGUCACGCCAGAGCACCUCACAAUCACCCAAAUUUUACUUGGCGUCCACCAUCAUUUCGGCCAUCCUGGCUCUUUUGAUGCUCAUUGCCACUAUUGUCUACAUGGUGGCUGUUAACCCACAGGCCCAGACGUCGGGGUCUAUAAUGUACAGCCAGAUCCAAAUGAUGUGUUCCCAGUUCCAAAACCAACAGCAGGCCUCGGGCAUCUUCAUCAACCAGUACCUGUAUCACUAUUGUGUGGUGGAGCCACAGGAGGCCGUUGGUAUUGUUCUUGGCUUUCUCAUUGUCGUGGGCCUCAUCAUCCUGCUGGUAUUUGCGGUGAAGACUCGCGGGCAGAUCCGCAGAUAUGGCAGGGACCGCGUCCUGUGGGAGGAGGUCAAGAUGCUCCGAGAUGCGGGACCCAAGAGUGUUGGGGAGUGGGUGACGAGUGUAUCGGGUGAACCAAACGCUCUGGUGAAUGACUACAAUGACCAAGUUGGUGGUUCUAUAAACUACCUGGAUGAAGGCAUGGAUAAGGAGAGACCCAUAUACCUCCCAGGGAGCUCUGACAUUACAAGCUCCUUGGGUGGCCUGAAGAGCAAGCGGAAGGGCAGUGACAUGGGAACAGAAUCUGCGGAUGAACUGGAUGACCUUGACUUGGACAGUGAGUUCCCUCCUAUUGUCACUGAGGAGCAGAGGCUGGACUAUAAGCGUGCGUUUGAUAGGGACCACAUGGAGUACAAGCGGAUUCAAGCGGAGAUCGAUGAUGUUAACCUGGGAGUGACCGAGGUGGACCGAGAGCUGGACAGACUGCAGGAGGGCAGCCCACAAUUCCUGGAUGCCAUGGAUGAAUACAACAGACUGAAGACCCUAAAGAAGUCAUCAGAAUACCAAAUGAAGAAGAAGAGGAGCAAGUACCUGAAGGCUAAGAUGUCCCACUUGAAGAAGAGGGUCAAUCAGUAUGAUCACAGACCAUGAAGACUUCUGACCUUUCACCUUUCACUUGUUGUCUAUGCCUGUUUUGUGCUCAGGCCUUUUAGUAUUUCUGUGUGUUUUUAUUUUUAGAUUAGGACAAGACAAGUCAAAUUGUGUAUCUGUUUUUGACUGCUCUCGUGCGUGAACAAGUGUUGUGCUGCAGUCUGGGAAGGUACAGAAGCAAUGUGAUGAAGUGACUGCAGCACUCUUGUGGGCUACAAGUUCCUCUACCAUGAAUGUAUAAGUCUCAUUAUUCUUUUACUCUUCUUAUAUUAAUAUGCCGUUAUUUAAACACUUUUUAAAGCUUUUACUCAAAUCCAAGAUUGAGCCUCAAAACAAAAGUUAAACUUUUUUUCAGUGACCUCUUUUUUUUAAGCAGAUGUAGGCCUAAUACUGUGACUGGAUCUGUAUUGAUAUUUAGAUUCCUUCAUGUCACUCUUUAAUGGAUGUAUAGAUAAAUAUUGUGGCAUGUGUACUUGCAUUUAAAAGAUUAUUAUUCUCAGGUAAUAAAAUCAGCACUAUAGGCAAUUAAAGUUGUAUUUACUUCUCAGAGCUUGCCCGAUAUCAAGGGAUUAAGUGUACAGUGUGUGUGUUUUUAUAUUUUGUAAAGAUGGAUUUCAAAUAAAAGAUGAUUUCUGGAUUAUCUAACA